CGAAUUCCUGUGGGCGGAGAAGCGAUUCCGGUUCCGGGUGUUUUCAUACCAGUCGGAGGCGUUCGCUUUCCCGAUUAUGGUCUUUUAUUGGGAACUUUUCUUGACCAUCGACGGAUUAUAGUAGUUAUUUUUUAAUUCCACAAGUUGAAGUGAAGAAGCGAUCAUGACGACCCGCUCGGAGAGAGAGAAGGCCCAGAAACUGAAUGAGCAGCACCAGGCCAUCCUGUCCAAAAUGCUCCGAGAGGAAGACAACAAGUACUGUGCCGACUGUGAGGCGAAAGGUCCGAGGUGGGCUUCCUGGAACCUGGGAGUAUUUAUCUGCAUCCGGUGUGCAGGCAUCCACAGGAACCUCGGUGUGCACAUAUCCCGAGUGAAAUCGGUAAACUUGGACCAAUGGACCUCAGAUCAAAUUCAGAGUAUACAGGAGAUGGGAAACACCAAGGCCAGGCAACGUUAUGAAGCCAACCUUCCAGAAAACUUCCGAAGACCUCAAACAGACCAAGCAGUUGAAUUCUUCAUCAGGGAUAAAUACGAGAAGAAGAAAUACUACAGUAAGAAUGUGACCAAUGGAGGCAGUCCUAAAGAGUGCAAUAAGAAGGAGACAGAGCGAGGCAGCAAGGUGUCAUCUUACACCAAGAAAAAUGAAGAGUCUAAGCCAGUCCCCAAAAUCAGCCCAGUUAAGACAUCAGAACCUUCUGUGAACCUACUAGGACUUGACGCACCGGCAGCUGCACCAAGCAACAAUGGUGUCACCAGCACCAGCCAGAACAAUAACGACCUGGAUAUAUUCGGUCCUAUGGUGUCCAACCCCCUACCCUCAACCACGCCGGCAGCUCUGUUUCCUCAGGCGAGCUCCAGCACCGUGACAGGAACUCCCACACAAACCCCAGCAGCAGCACUAGGUGGAGCUGUGUCAGGAUCUGCACAGGGUGACCUUGAUCUGUUUAGUGACAGCAGCAGCAGCAACGCAACUAAGACGGAAGACAGUGCAAAGAAGCCACUGUCCAAGGAUUCCAUUUUGUCAUUGUAUGGAACCAACAACAUGUCGCAGCAGGCUCCUGCUGCCAGCAUGUUCAUGGGCCCCUCUCAGAUGCAGUUUCCCGUCCAGACAACUGCUGGUUAUCAGGCUUUCCCUGGCAUGGGCACAGCCAUGCCGCCUACAACCGUCAUGGGUGCCAUGAUGGCACAGAGCGGGGCCGCCAUGAUGGGGCCCAGUCCGGGAAUGAUGGUUGGGAUGACAGUGCCCAACGGCUUCAUGGGAAAUGCCCCUGCAAGCGGCGUGAUGGGCAUGGCCCCCAGAAUGAUGGCGCCACAUGGUGCGAUGCCUGCAGGCAUGGUGCCUGCUCAGGGCAUGUACGCCAUCCAGCCUGGUCAACAAGCUCAGUGGAACAUGACCCAGAUGAGCCAGCAGAUGUCAGGGUUGCAUCUAAACGGUGCAGCCGGACACAUGGCCUUCGGUCAGCCCUCGUCAGCGAUGGGUGGCUGGGAAGCCUCGCCUGGACCCAGCCAGACUCUCAGCACACAGCUAUGGAAGUGAGCUUUUUAAGUGGCGGAUGGACAGCGGGAGAGUGGUUGCAGAACGUGCAAAACAACACUCGCGCUUCUCUGUAGCUCACUAUGUAUUGAGAUCUAUUUCCAUGAUGGACCAGCCUUCAAGAACAUGAACAUUUGAUCUCUACUCCCUCCCUUCUCCUUUCUCUCUCUCUUUCUCUCUGUUGUGUGAGUGGAUGGGGAGUUGUACAGGAGUACAGCCUGGCAGUUUCUGCCUGUCGUAUGGUUUUUGAUCAUAACUUUUAUUUUCCUUUUUGGAAAAAAAACAAAUACAAGGAAAUAACAGUCCCAACAAAAAUGAUAACGGCAUAUCAGAAAAACUGCAGGACCAGCUACACAAGCUUUUAUUGUAUCAUUAUAAGAUUAUAGGACAUUUAAAUAAAUAGUAUUUAACGGGAGAAGACGAGAGUAAUACUUCUCCCAAGCGUACAGCGCUGUAUAACCUUUUAAAGUACCUGUGGUUCCCCAUAAAAAAUAAAGACCUAUAAUAAAAAUCUUUGGAUGUCAUUUUUGCU